GCUGGUAGUCCUUCCAGAGUACCUUAAUUGGCAGUGCAAGAGCUGCUUGUCUGGUACCACAGCCGCUGCAGUGGCAGUGACUGCGGCGGGAUAAUCUGCUGCAUGAGGUGGAUGGUGUUUCGUCGUGGCUUUUGGCUAUGUGGAGAGCCGCUCUCCCAUGUGAUGAGGGGCCGUCGAUGAACGACGACCGACCUACUCAAGGAAAGCCGUACUAACGCUGCUUGGAAAUACCAGCUUUGUUUGGAUCGCUACUGGUUACUGCUCGCUACUCAAGUACUUGCACAACUAAUCCACUCGCUACGAGUGCUCGCUACCUCGCGACUAACGACUAGUUUAUAGUCCACUAGUUGGUUGCGAGGCGACGUCGAGGGCCUCUUCUACCGCAGCCUCCCAGACUCGUACAAUCCCAUCACCGACAACCUCUGAACACUGCCAUCCCCAUCCCCAUCCCAUCUUCCCCUCUGCUUCUGGCCACUUCCGUUCAUGCGGAGCAUCGCAUCAUCGUGAGCGUUCGCAGCGCCCAUCGUCAACCAUGACUGUGACGGGAUAUCGAGGGUCGCAACGCUGUUGACGGGGUCUGAGUUCCGCAUUGCUCCGAUGGCACAUCCUGUUCGCGCCGGUCCGUUUUCGAAAGGUUGGUCUGCUUUUCGCCAAAAAGAGGUUAAUGUAGGGAUAUGGUGGCGCUAGCUAACGGGAACUAGACCCUCAUUGGCUAGUCUGCCUUUACUCAAAUACCUUCUUUUCCUCCGCAUUCACUUCCUCGGCACCGUUUAAUGCUAGACCACCUGCACUCGCAUCCAGAACACCCAGACCACCUUCACAUCGUGUCCGUCCUACUCCACCGACACCCUCCCAUGCAUCGAACUACAAGCAACCUGCCCGACUUAGUCCACAUUGCCAUAGUCACAGCCGAAACUUCAGCUCAUCCGUGAACAUGUCCAGCUCCUUAAAUAACAGCUGGGACCCCAUUGAGAGAACUUCCUCUCCAUACUCCGAUCCCCUUCAAAUCGGCCCUAAAUCCAAGAUUCUUGCAACAAGAACUUCCAACUUCCAUUCUACCUCACUCAGAAACAUGGUUACCGUCAAUACAGUCAACAAGACGGCUCUUCACCCAGGAGGUGUCGAGUGAGUAGUUCCCACGCCGUCGACCUCGUCGGCCCCAUCUACUGGCUAGAACGGAGGUGCUAAUUAUUAUAGGCCCGUCAAAGAGCGAGAACAUACAGAACUUGAAGAGGAGCUCCACGAGAAGGCACACAUCGACUAUGAUCGUGUAGCUAUUGUAAGUGAACACUGGCAGAGUCCACUAUCGUCAUUGCCUCUUACAAAAUGUCCUUGUCAUUCACUAAUAUCCGCUCUUUUGCAGGUACCCAAUCCUAGUGUUGCUGCUCUCUAUGAAGAUGCCUUGGUCUACGAAACCGGCUCGGCCAUGACCUCGACCGGUGCCCUUACCGCAUACUCGGGAGCGAAGACUGGUCGUUCACCGUUAGACAAACGUAUCGUCAAGGAACCUAGUUCAGAAAAUGAUAUCUGGUGGGGGUAAGUGAAAUGACGAAACCCUUUUCCAUCUUGUACAAUUCACUAACACGUUUCCAGACCGGUCAACAAACCCAUGUCACCCGAUGUAAGUCAAAAAUCCCAUGUUCGGCUUGCCACGGCAAUGUCUUUACGAGCGCAGCGCAGCAAAACGCAUGCGGCCCCUGCCAGAUUUCCCCACAUUCCACCAAUGCAAUGCAAUGCAUACCGGAACACCGCAGCUUCCUCUUCUAUACUCUGCCAUAUAUUCUAUGUCACUCAAUUUCUCUCUCCAUACCUUCUAACAUUUUCCCUCUAUCAAUUGAUCAAAUAUGGCCAACUUUCCAGCUGAAAACUUUGGUACCCCGCAAUCUACCCGAGGGGUCUGCUUGCAUGCGGCAUUAUGUCAUAAUGUCUCGGCAUAUUUCCACGUGCAAAGUUCAACGACAACAUCAACACUGCAAAUGAUAAACUUGCUAAUUGUUAAUUCUUCAGGUCUGGAAAAUCAAUCGAGAACGUGCCAUCGACUACCUAAACACCAGAAAUCGUAUUUACGUCGUUGACGGGUUCGCAGGAUGGGAUCCAAAAUACCGCAUCAAGGUGCGAGUUGUGUGUGCUCGUGCCUAUCACGCUCUCUUCAUGCGCAACAUGCUCAUCCGGCCAGACCGAGGUCAACUCGAGCAUUUUCACCCAGAUUACACCAUCUACAAUGCUGGAUCUUUCCCUGCAAACAGAUACACCGAAGGUAUGACAUCCGGAACUUCCGUUGCCCUCAACUUUGCCGACAAGGAGAUGGUCAUUUUGGGCACCGAGUAUGCCGGAGAGAUGAAGAAGGGUAUUUUCACCGUUCUCUUUUACGAGAUGCCCGUCAAACACAACGUCCUCACUCUCCACUCCUCAGCCAAUGAGGGCAAGAAUGGCGAUGUAACUGUUUUCUUUGGUCUCUCCGGAACCGGCAAGACCACUCUUUCAGCUGAUCCACAGCGUAUGUUAAUCGGUGACGAUGAACACUGCUGGAGCGAUACCGGCAUUUUCAACAUUGAGGGAGGCUGUUAUGCCAAAUGUGUUGGUCUUUCCGGCGAAAAGGAGCCAGAUAUCUUCAAUGCCAUCAAGUUUGGAUCGGUUUUGGAGAACGUUGUCUUCAGUCCCGAGACUCGUCUUGUUGACUAUGACGAUACCACCCUCACCGAAAACACCAGAUGUGCUUAUCCCAUCGAGUAUAUCGACAACGCCAAGAUUCCUUGCAUGUCAGAAAACCACCCAACGAACAUCAUUCUGCUUACCUGCGAUGCUCGUGGUGUUCUUCCACCUAUAUCCAAGCUCAACUCGGCACAAACCAUGUUCCAUUUCAUCUCGGGUUAUACCUCAAAGAUGGCUGGUACGGAAGAUGGCGUCACAGAGCCACAGGCUACAUUUUCCUCGUGUUUCGCGCAACCUUUCUUGGCGCUCCAUCCUAUGCGAUAUGCUCAGAUGUUGGCUGAGAAGAUUGAGCAACACCAAGCUAACGCAUGGUUGUUGAACACUGGAUGGGUUGGAGCCGGUGCCGCUACUGGUGGCAAGCGUUGUCCUUUGAAAUAUACACGUGCGAUCCUCGACUCGAUCCAUGCCGGAGAGCUUGCAAAGGUCGAGUAUGAAACCUACGAGACUUUCAAUCUCGCAGUACCAAAAACUUGUACAGGGGUUCCAUCGGAACUACUGAACCCAAGAAAUGCCUGGACUGCUGGAGACGAGAGUUUCACAAACGAAGUAACAAAACUCGGAAAACUAUUUGUCGAGAACUUCCACAAGUACUCUGACGAAGCCACCCCAGAAGUGAUUGCAGCUGGACCAGCAGUCAAGGUUUGA